AUGCCUCCUUCCACUACAACCUGGGACGAUAAGACGCGAUCCGACCUGCUUCUUGCGGUCCUCGCGGUCAUGCCACCGAGCACCGAUCAAUGGAAACAAAUCAUUGAUCAAACCCAUACACGUGGUUAUACCUACACAGCUAGUGCUGCGACCACCACCAUGGCUUCUCAAGGUCGAAAGCUCCAGACCUGGGACGAGGAAACCCACUGCGACCUCCUCGCAGCAUUUUACGAGGUCUGCUCCGGCGACCAGAUGAAGGAGGUCGUCGACAAGACCUCGGCCAUGGGAUAUGAAUAUACCCUCAGGGCUGUCACGUAUUCACCCCACGUUCCUUUCAUGUUGAUUUCCGUCCAGAUUUCACUGGAACACCAACUCCCUGACCCAAAUACCUUUUCUACCUUUUUCCCUUUUUACAAAAGGACAAACAGGCAUUGGCCGAUGCUAACCUUCUCCUCAUCUCAUAGUCAGCAUCUUCAGAAGCUCCGCCGCAAGGAGGGCGCCGGUGGCGAGGCCGGUGCUGUCGGCACUCCGAAGACACCCAAGACCCCCAAGACCCCUCGAACCCCUCGCAAGACCCCUGGCACCGGCAAGGCUGCCUCUGGCCGCAAGCGCAAGAACGUCGAUCCUGCUCCCCAGGAGGAUGAGGACGAUGACGAGGCUGGUCCCGACCAGAAGAAGGUCAAGACCGAGGCCGGUGACAAUGAUCGCUACCCCGCUGAGAACAUCGAUGAGCUUGAGAUCUAA